CUGCUUUGUUUGAUUUUAAUAGAGCCUUUAGUGAACGGAGUGAACACUUUGCUUAAGUAAAACUUGAAACUUCUUUCUUGUCAAGUAUUCAUUUUGAGAAGCAGCAGAGCCUUUAUCCGAAAUAAUGACUAUUAUUUGCUCCCCUAUCAGAAGUCUGAUUCUCUUUCCUGAAUAAGAAUUUCUUACUGAAGGAACAUUCUGUGUCCAGCUUUGAUUCCCUUGUCAGUGCUCCCCCUAUGUCCUAAAGAAUAGCAUCUUCCACAGACAGCCUGUAACCUCCCCUCCCUAAGUCAGAUUUAUCUCAACUGCUAGGAAAUACACCACCGUCGAUUGAAGUGUCUGUGCUGCCGAUCAAAAAGUGACUGGAAUUAACCAAGAGGGCACACAAGAGCACCACCAAAGCACCUGGAGUUUGACUCUUAAUCUGCUUCCAAUGGUUCAUUUGUUGUGGCUAUGGCCUCUCAGACAGGCAACAUGAACCGUGAAGACCGGAAUGUGCUCCGUAUGAAAGAAAGAGAAAGGAGAAAUCAAGAAAUCCAGCAGGGAGGAGAGGCCUUUCCAUCCAACUCCCCUCUCUUUCCUGAACCUUAUAAAGUUUCCAAGACAGAAGAUAAACUUUCGAGUCGCAUCCAGAGCAUGCUAGGAAACUACGACGAGAUGAAAGAAACCAUCGGUGAACCUCCUAUGUCUAAGCUCAUGCCCAAAGCCUCCGGCUCUUCCACUUCGGAGGAAAAGUCUAUGUACAGUGAAUCACGAGGGGGAGGCAGUCAGAGCCAGAGCCAGGGCAACAAAUGGACUCCUGUGGGCCCGGCCUCUGGAGCCUCUUCCUCCUCUUCGUCCAAGUCCCAGAACCGCUCCAGCUCAGGCAUGCAGAGCAGCCACAGCAGUAGCCAACGUAGCGGCUCCGGUGGCAGCAGCCAAAGGCAUGAACGUGACUUCAGCAGCAGCAGUAGCAGCAGCAAGAAGUCCAGCAAGCAUGAGCACAAGUCGCACGCCACCUCCAGCCCAGCUAAGGGCUCCAUGAACUCCAGUAGCCACUCGCGCUCGCUAACGGCCGAGCACCACAGCAAGGAGCGCUAUCGAUCCAAAUCGCCCAGAGACCGUGAGGCCAACUGGGACUCUCCUUCUAGGGUGCACUCCUCCUCUUCUUCGUCGUUCCCCAGUGGCCAGCAUUCCAGCCAGACUUUCCCCCCCUCGCUCAUGUCCAAGCCCGGCUCCAUGCUGCAGAAACCCACAGCCUAUGUGAGGCCCAUGGACGGCCAGGAGACGACCGAGCCCAAGACCUCCUCUGAAUCCUACGGGAGCCAGUCCCACAGCAGCAGCAUGGGGGACAUGAAGGGCAAUGGCAAAGCAUCGCUCACCAAGCUCAAGAUUCCAGCACCAGUAGAGGGAUCCAUGACAGGAGACCCAAGCUGCGUUGAUGAGAUUUUAAAGGAAAUGACUCAGUCCUGGCCUCCUCCACUUACAGCUAUUCAUACUCCCUGCAAGACAGAGCCUUCAAAGUUCCCCUUCCCCACUAAGGAUGCCCAGCACACAAGUUUUGGAGGACACAGGAAGGGCACGUCCACCAGUCAGCAGUCUAAGGCAUGCGAUGGCAACCAGACCGACAUGCUGCACGACGAUCUGAAACUCAGCAGCAGCGAAGACAGCGAUGGAGAACAAGACUCUGCCAAAAGGAAUCCCUCAGCAAGUAAUAAUAACAGUGAAGUAGCUGAGCGGGAAGACUCCAGUAGUCACAGCGGCUCAGAGAGCAGCUCUGGAUCAGAGAGUGAGAGCGAGAGCAGCUCCACUGACAGCGAGACCAAUGAACAAUCCUGUGUACCCUCACCUGAGCGCGAACAGCCUCCAGCCAACAAGUGGCAACUGGACAACUGGUUGUCAAAGAUGGAGGAUCGCGAGGCCAACACGGGCCGAGGCUACGGCAGCCAGGGCCCCAAAGACUCCACCCCUACCCCAGGACGGGACCUGCGGGCUCCCCAGAAGGGUUCAGAGAGCGGCCGGGGCCGGCAGAAGUCACCCGCUCAGAGUGAGGGCGGUGGAACAAGCCAGCGGCGAUUUGUUGGGAAAAAGCAGCCCAAGAAGCCAGAGAAGCCGCCUGUGGUGGAGGAGCCAAAAGGUGGGCUGAAGGUGGAGAGUGAACCUCCGCCUGAGAUUCCACAGCACCGUGCUCGGGCGCCCAACAAAGGCCCACGCAAACCUAACAUUAGGAAAGACCCCAAACCGCCAUCCUCUCCCCGGGCAACACAGGACAAGCGCAAGCCGAAGGGACAAGGCAAGACGGUGCAAAAAUCGCGUGAAUUCGUGGACACAGAGUCGUCUUCCUCAGAAUCGGAGGGUGAGGAGAGUGCACCCUCGUCCUCACAAACGCCAAAAUAUGGGCUUGUUUGCGUCCUCUCGCCCAUUGAGAACACGGAGCUGUUGUCACCGCUAAGCGAUCCGGACGAGAGGCCACCGCCCCCCAGACAGCUUCUGGUGACCAUCGACCUGAGCCUCCUGAGUCGAGUGCCUGGCCGGCUAUAUAAGGACAUCGAGGUGAAAGUGGAAAGGGAAUCAACUGGAGAGAGCAAGGACUUCCAGAAGCAGACAGGGGAGAAGGGAGCCAGCAAGGGCAAGAGGAAGCAUAAGAAUGACGAUGAUGGCGUUAAACCAGAUAACAAGAAAUCCAGGCAGGAAGAGAAGCCUUCACAUCAUAAACCAAAUAAGGAGUCUUCGAAGCGGAGUGUGGAAAAGGAGAAAGACCCUGUGCCCUCUCCCUCAAUGGCCCUGCAGCGGACGCCGAAGUCGGAACACCAGGGCCGCAAACGCACAGCCAGCCAGUCGUCCACCUCACUGCCCAGCAGUGCCAGCAGCAAAGAGAGCGGCAAGAGCAGCUCCAGCUCCAAGCACCGAAAGGGCGAGGACAAACAAAGCCGCAGCAGCAGGGAAACCAAGGAGAAGAUCCCUAAGAUGGAGAAUCAACUGGCUGUACCUCCUCUCUCUUCAGACAGUUCAAAGAGAUCCAGACUGCUCUUUGAGGACAGGGUCCACUCCGCUGACCAUUACCUUCAAGAGGCUAAGAAGCUGAAACACAAUGCAGAUGCUCUGAUGGACCGAUUUGAAAAGGCUGUUUAUUACCUUGAUGCCGUGGUCUCCUUCAUUGAAUGUGGCAAUGCCUUGGAGAAAAGCGCCCAGGAGGCCAAGUCUCCUUUCCCCAUGUAUGCUGAAACUGUGGAACUCAUUAAGUACACUAUGAAAUUAAAGAGCUAUAUGGCACCAGACGCUACCUCAGCAGACAAAAGGCUAGCCGUACUGUGCCUAAGGUGCCAGUCUCUCCUCUACCUGAGACUUUUCAAACUGAGGAAGGAGAGUGCACUGAAGUACUCGAAGACGCUCACUGAACAUUUGAAGAAUUCAUUAAGUAAUACUCAAGCUCCAUCUCCUGGAAUGGGAAAUAAAGCUGCCGGUAUGCCGUCCCCAGUAUCUCCUAAGCUGUCUCCCGGCAGUGCCGGCAGCUACUCCUCCAGCAGCUCCAGCCAGAGCGGAAGCUCCUCUGUCACCAUCCCGCAGCGCAUCCACCAGAUGGCCGCCAGCUACGUGCAAGUCACCUCAAAUUUCCUCUACGCUACUGAAGUAUGGGACCAGGCUGAGCAGCUGGCCAAAGAGCAGAGAGAGUUCUUCACCGAGCUGGACAAGGUGAUGGGCCCUCUGAUCUUUAACACCAGCAGCAUGACUGAACUGGUGCGUUACACGCGGCAGGGCCUCCACUGGCUACGGCUCGACGCCAAGCUCACCUCAUAAAGGCCUCACGUCCCCUCCCUCUCUCCCUCCUUCAAGCUUACUGGCCAUGUUCCCCAUCCGCGCUCCUGUACACCUACACAACACUCUCAAACUUAAUCUGCCUCAGACAUAUCUGUGACACUGUGUCCAUUUUCUACACCAGCUUGCCAAAAAAAAA